AUGGAAGGUGCCGUGGUGGAGGCUGACACCAGUCUAGGAAAGCCAUUUGUGUUCAAAUGUUCCCCUGUGGCUGGAAACCGUGUUUAUUACUUCUGUGCUACAUCAAACCAAGAAAUGCGAAGGUGGUUGGAAGUUUUGGAACGAGCGGUUCACCCUAUUACGCAGAUUUUUUUGUUGCAGAAUCACGUGUGGGUUGACGUUACACGCCACAACUCAAACCUCCCUCCUCUGGCUGUGAAGCACCCCGAGUGCCUCGGCCUUCUAAACUUACUGGACAGAAACAAGGACUCAUGGGUGCAACACUACUGUAUCCUAAAGGACGGGUGCCUUUACUUCUACGCUAGCAUACGUUCAACGUUUGCAGUUGGUGGGAUUUACCUGCAUGGCUAUACAGUGAGGGAACAACAUUUAGGAUUCAAGAGGUCCACUAUUGAGCUCAAACCCCCGUCAGAAGAGUUUAAAGUGUUUUACCUCUGUGCAGAAAAUGUCAAUGAAAACAAAAGGUGGAUCGGAGCGAUAAAGACAUCUAUAGGAAAAUGGCUGCCUUGGCAUCAGGCACUUCAAGACUACAUGAGUCGACCUCCUGAGGAAACCAAAAUGUAACUGUGGCUCGUGGUCCGGAUGUGGACGAUGUUCCAGCUAUUUGUUCCUUUUAGCAAAUGGUCUCUCUCUCUCUCUCUCUCUCUCUCUCUCUCUCUCUCUCUCUCUCUCUCUCUCUCUCUCUCUCUCUCACACACACACACACACACACACACACACACACACACACACAC